AUUACCAUUCACAGCGGCCAAAACAGAUGCAAUUCAAUUAUAAUUGAUUCAAUUCCCAUCCAAAAUAGAUAUUUCAAAACAGCUCGAACCCAGAAACACCACAGCCCAAAACCGAAAACUUAAGAAUGAGAAACUCAAUCGAACCGAGCAACUUAACAAGAGAUUCAAGAAAUUCGAACCCAGAAAUCGAACCCAAAAUUUCUCCAAGCUUGAGCCACCGAGCUUCACAGAGUCACAGUCGAAGAGAACAAACCAAGAGUGAAGAAUUCGAGCCUUCGACUGAAAAGUGUAAACCCAGAAAUUGUGAGAUUGUGAGAAUCAUGAUUCAUGAGAGAGGCAGCAAAUCAACUAAAAGUCUAAAACCCAGAAAUUCGACUCAAAAUUUCCCUCUUUCAUUUCUCAAUUCUGCUUUUGGGUUUCUCAAGUUUGGCCGUCCUUGGGGUUUUUGUUUUCACACAGGGCUCUGCUACUACAGAAAGUGCUUUUCCUCCACGCAUUUCCUCAGCAAAAGUAUGGCACACCAGAACAGGAUGCACUGAGAAGGGAUCUAACUAUUAACAGGAAUUGAAAAUCUAAAAUGUGGGAAAAUUGCUGCUCCUUUACCACCAAAGGAUACAUUUAUGGAGGAUCCGCUACGCACGAGUUCUUCAAGCUAUCCGUUUUGCGCAAGGUUCAGAUUCAUACUCGAUGAACAACUAAAGGAAGCUUCUGCCUGUGAUGAAGUGAAAGCUGCUCUAUCAGCUAAAAUUAGCAGAGAGCAAAUUGGAGCUGAGAUUGAUCUGAUGAUCUCUGGAAACCAACCUGUACGUCCAAGCUAUGACCUAUAUAUGUGACUUGAAGUUAUUUUGGGUUGUCUUCAGUCUUCAUCCGCAGUGUGAGCCAUCAGAAGGAUGCGACAGCAUUGUGUCACAUACUUGGAUUGUACAUGGAUUCUUAUUCAAUUAGUGGGGCACUCUACUUUCAAUGACGAACAAAGAAGGCUUUCCGUUUAUGCUGCAAUGUUCCUUCCACUUAGGAAGACAAUGUAUAAAGAUAGGAAAGCAAAAGAUGUUCCUGUCGUGAAUUAUAUUUUCAGAGACUCCCUUAAACAAGGAGUCAGCAAUGCUGAAACUGUUAUUAAUUUACACAAUGCAUUGGAGAAGUUUUUGUCUUUGCUUCCUCACUUUGUACCAAAUGGGGAUGUAAAACUCGCCGAAGUUGAUAUGGGAAGAGAAUAUGUUGAUGUCCCUCUUACAUCGAAAGAAUCGAAUCUCCGAGUGUUAACAGAUUUUUGGCGAGUUGCUUUGCUGAUGUCUACACUUUUAUAUCCCACCAACGUCUUAAACAAGAAUCUCAAACCAGAAGAUCGCAGAGCUUUGCUUGUAGAAGCUGAAAGGUCCAUAAAUAAUCUAGGCGACGAGGCUGCUGAGGCGUCCUUCAAGGCGCUCAAGGCGUCCAAAACAGAGCUCAAGGCGUUAAAGGCGUACGCUCUGGAAAAGAAGAAAAAUGACGUCGUUUUGGUCUUUUGGAACAGAAUGGGUUUAAAGGUCGCGACUGAAGGUGCUUGGACUUUGUACAGCCGAUUUCAGCCCUCUCUCUUCCAAAAGGUACCAAAUUCGAUCCCUAACCCAGAGUUCGAGUUAGGAGCUCGAUUUCGACGCAGCAGUCAAUUUGAAGGUGUCGGAGCUCGAUUCGCAGCAGGCCAUUUUAAGGUAUUGGAGUUCGAUUCGCAGCAGGCCAUUUGAAGGUAUUGGAGCUUGAUUUGCAACAGGCCAUUUGAAGAGAAUUUUGAGGGAUGAUAGUGAUGGUAGUGAUAGUUUGGAUGGUGAUCUCCUAGUUGAUGAGGAUGAUGAUGUCCAAGCAUGAAGUAAAUUUUAACAAUUGUUCUUUAUCUUUGGUCUUUCAACUUUAGAUCUUUGAUUUCAUUUUAUGUUGGUGAAUUUGUUGAAUCAUAUGGUUCUAGUACUUUAUUUAUUAUGGGUGAAUGACAAUUAAUAAUGUUCUUUUGGUUGCUCUUAAUGUGGUAUAUAUAAGAGUAAGGCUUAAUGUUCUUUUGGUUGCUCUUAUAUCGUAAGGCUUACGCCUUAUGCCUUGCAAGGCUCUCCCGAAAACGCCUCGGGUACGCCUUUAGUGUUUUAAACCCUUGCUGGUGACUCAGAUAACUUGAGACAGUGGGUUUUCUCAUGUAGCAGCUUUGAGACAAGAAAGCGUCCCAUGUCUUUAGCUUUUAAAUUCUCUCUGUGUUCGUCUCUUUCUCGCUCUCUGUGUACAUGGAUGGGUGAGUGUGGCUGUCCAGCCUAUCCUGAUUUAUGUCUUGGUGGAGCAGGUCUAGAUAAAGUCUGGGAUGUAAAGCCAUUACUUAAUGGAACCCUGUCAUGGAUGCUUUGCAGCUUAAAUCUGGAGGACCACUUGUCAGUAAAUGGCAAAGGAAGCUACUUGCAUGGCAGCUUGCUCAUCCUUUGGGGACUGCAGAGGAAUG